CACUCUCUCCUCUGUCUCUCUCUCCUUCUUUCUCUCUCUCUGGGUUUCAACAAUGGCGACGAAGCUGAUAAAGAGGACGCCGAAGCCGAUUAAGCGCCAUCACCGUCAUUACCUCCGCCGCCACCACCACCGGAGAGGCCACAGCCACCACCAGGCGAGAUGCACUCCGGCGGCGGCGACCACCGUCAUCUCCUCCAUCAACAGCUCCUUCUACAAAUGCCACAGCCUCCUCCUCCGCCUCCUCUCUCGUCUCGAUUCCCUCAGCUGCCGGAGCAAUUGCAGCACAAUGGGCUUCCAAAUCCUCAAAACCCGCAUCGACCCAGUUCCCAAGUCCCUCCCUUUCCACGCCCUGCUCUCUCUCCUCGACGAAGACGACAACAAACCCGAAGAUUCUAGGAAGAAGACGGUUGUUUUGGAUCUGGACGAGACUCUGGUCCACUCGUCGAUGGAGAGACCGGAGGGUCCGUACGAUUUCGUGGUGAGGCCGACAAUCGACGGCCAGAUCAUGAAGUUCUUCGUGAUCAAACGGCCAGGAGUGGACGAGUUCUUGAGGAAGAUGGGGGAAAAGUACAGGGUGGUGGUGUUCACGGCCGGAAUGCGGGAAUACGCAUCGCUCGUGCUGGACCAUCUGGAUCCGGGCAGGGGUCUGAUCUCUCACCGCCUCUACAGAGACGCUUGCUGUGAAGUAGAGGGGAGGCUUGUGAAGGAUCUUGGGCGCGUGGUGAAGGACAUGGGGCGCGUGGUCAUUGUGGAUGACAACCCAAACUCGUACUCUCUUCAGCCAGACAACGCCUUUCCGAUAAAGCCGUUCAUAGAUGAUCCGGAGGAUGUCGAGCUGCGGAAGGUCGGUGAGUUUUUCGACGCUUGUGAUGGGUUUGAUGACAUGAGAGUUGCUCUGAAGCAGCUCGUUGGCAGAGAUGAAUGAUCUGAUGAUUUGAUUUCAAUGUGUGUUAUUAGUUUGAUGUGUGAGCGAGGGAGAGUGGAGAGAGAUUCAGAUGACGGGGUUUUUUUUGGGGCAUUGAACAAUAGAUUUGGUUGUUCAAUGCUUUGUUUAGCCUCCUCCAGCAAAUCAAUUUGCUGAUUAGUUUUCUCUUUGUUUUGUUUGAGAUUUCACUUCUCGAUUCAAAGUUGUUAAUAAA